CGGGGGAGCUCUGCGGGACCUCCCUCAUCUUGCUUUUUGUGGAUUGCUCAGGUGCCCAAACGACGUUUUUUUCCCGUUCCGGUGCCCGUGGUGAACAGCGGGAAUGGCCCAGGCCGGGGGUGCGGCCGCCCUCCCUGCCCUGCCCAGCGUCCAGCAUAGCAACAGCGGCUCAAACACCGCCAGCACCGCCGCCGGCAGGUCUGUGCCCGCACCCAGCCCUCUCCCUGGCAGGGUGGCCCCCCCCCAGUGACCCCCACCCGCUCUGCUUUCCAGGGUGCCGGGCAUGGGGAGCUUCCCGUGCCCCCGCUGCCGCAUGGCCUUCAGCUCCCGGCAGCUCCUGCGGGCGCACCGGGAGAAGCUGUGCCUCGGGAUCCCGGAGCCCGCCAGCUCCUGCCUCCAUGGGGGGAACCCUCUGCCUGAGGAGGACGCGCCGGGCACGGCAGGGAGGCCACGGGACACCUCGGUCGGGGUGUCCCUGCAUGGGGACGGUCCUGAGCCACACCAUCGCCUUGAGCUCCCCGGGGUCUCAGCGGCUGCGUGGGGACAGCGGGGACCGGGGUGGGCACGGGGGGCUCCCCUGGGGGCCGUGCUCACCCCCCGCGAGCGGGCCCUGCUCCGCACGGCCGACCCCGCUUCCAGGACGCCCACAGUGCAGCAGGGAGAGCCCCCCCAGCAGCCGGUCCUGCCCCAGGGGCAGCAGCAGCUGCCACAGGAGCUGCUGGAGGCCCACAAACGCCAAAUGGCGGAGAUCCAGGCCAGGACCCAGCAGCUGGAGCAGCAGAGGGAAGGGCUGUGCCGGCAGCUGGCAGCACUGGGGGCUGGAGGGGCUGGGGGGCCUCAGCCCGAGCAGGGGCAGCUGGGGCUGGGCCAGGUCCUGCAGGCCCCGAAGGAGCAGCUCAGACAGGUGCAAGCGGCACAGCACAGGGCCACCCUCCACCUCGACACCCUCCUGCCACCCUCGGGGCCACUCACUGCUGAGGCCAGGGCACUGCGACUGUCCUACCUGCGCGCCGGGGGACACGACCCGGCCAUCCUGGACCAGCUGCUCCACCUCCAGCUGGAGGCCACGGUGCUGGAGAAAGGAACCACAGGGCUGUGCAGGGGCAGGAGGAUGGCAGAGCCCCCUGGCACUGGCACACAGGGUCUGGAUGUAGCACUGUUGGCUGUGGAGCUGGAAAACUGGCGUCUGGAAGAUGAAGUGUUGGCGUUGAAGGUCAGGAGAGAGAGGAGAGCUGAUGCUGGCUCCAGGGCGGCCCAGCGGCACUCGGAGGAGCUGGCCCAGCUCCAGGCAGAGGUGGGGAUGCUGCGAUGCCACGCGGAGCAGGCGGGGCCACGGCUGCCCCCACCCAUCCUCCCACCCGCUGUGGCCCCCUCACUGCCACCAGCCCUGGCUGUGCCAGAACUUUUUAUGGAGCCCCCUGGGCCAGCACUGGGGCCAGGCAGCCCCACAGGCCAUGUGCCCCACAGCCUCCCCCUCAGCCCCUUUGUGGCCCUGGAGGAUCCUCCUCCUGCUCAGGAGCCCUCAGAACAACACAGACCUCCACGAAGGACUGAGCUCACAGCCAGAUGAGUGUUCCAUCCUGCUCACAGUGGUGGUUUGGGGACAGGCAGAGAAGCCAAUCACAUUCCCUUUCCCUAUGGCUCAGCUCAUUCCAUCGGGCACAUCCCCACCAGCAGCCCUUUGUAGGGAAAGCCUGACCAGGAGCAGGCACAGCUCAGCCCUGGCAACCCAGCAAAACCCAGCACCAGCUUUCCUAAGUGUCACAGGCCCUGUGUUUAAUAAAUGGCUUCAGCCUAUUGCUCUUCA